GAGGAGCCAGUAUGAAGUACCGCACGACUAUGAACUUUAUGGAUUGUCUAAAGUUAUAAUGACUGAGAAUCAGUCACCCUUCCUCUAGUAUGUUACCGCCUAUAGACAGGACUUUACUUAAGUUUAGACAUGGAACUGUUUUUUUUUUCUUUUUGUUUAUUUUGCCUCUUUCCUGGGAAAUGUUUGGACUAUAACACGGAGCUCGACAGUUCCGGAAGUUCCGUUUAUCUUCCGCUUUCUGUUCAUCUUUCAUCAGCAGGCUCACACACUCUGCAGUACCAGUACACUGCUGUCAGAGGAACAAAUCUCCCAGAAUUCACUGCUGCUGGUCUGGUGGAUGAAGAGCAGUUUGUGUUCUAUGACGACAACAAAAAGGAGAUGAUCCCAAAGACAGAGUGGAUACAGAAGAUGAGAGAUGAUGAUCCACGUUACUGGAACAGAGAGGCAGAGCGUAUGGUGGAUCAACAGGACCGUUUCCAUGUCUUGAUGAAGCCAGACACGCAUAUCUUUAAUCACACUGAAGGAGUUCAUACACUCCAGAGGAUGUACAGCUGUGAGCUUGAUGAUGACAGCACCCCUAGGGGAUAUGAUCUGUACGGUUAUGAUGGAGAAGAUUUCAUGAGUCUGGAUCUGAAAACUGGAACCUGGACUGCAGCGAAUCCUCAAGCUAGAAAACUUCUAAAGAAGUGGGAUCAUAAAGAUGAAGCUAAAUACUGGAAGAGCUACCUGGAGAAUGAAUGUAUCGAUUGGUUAAAGAAGUUUGUGUCUUACGGCAGAGAGACUCUGGAGAGGAAAGUUCGUCCCGAGGCGUCAGUGUUCCACAAACACACUCCUUCUCCAGAGGUGGUGUGUCACGCUACAGGUUUCUUCCCCAAAGCACUGAAUAUCACCUGGCAGAAGGACGGAGAGGACGUGACUGAGGACAUGGAGCUCAAUGAGACGUUACCCAACGAUGAUGGAAGCUUCCAGAAGAGGAGCAUUCUGAAAGUCCCAGCUGAGAAACUGCAGAAACACAAAUACACCUGCGUGGUUCAGCACAGCAGCUUGGAGAAGGAUUUAAUCCUAGAAGUAGCAAAAGAUGGAGGGCAGAUUGGAGUCGUCAUUGGUGUGGUUGUCGUCGCUCUCCUCGCUGUUGUCGCUGCUGUUGUCUUCUGGAAGAAGAGGAACUCUGGAUUCAAACCUGUUCCCCCCAAACCCUCCUCUGAAGGAGAUUCUUCCUCCAACAACUCUUCAACUGUGUUUCUUCCUGCUGAAGUGAGAGAGAGAGUGAGGAGGUGCAGCCAUGCUGCUUCUGCUUCUUCUCUUACUGCCACAAACUGGACUGCAGUGUGUAACACUGCAAUCGAGUCUUUUAUAUAGGGCUGUGUACCGGUACUGUACCAUGAAAAUCGAUUUGGUACAGGUCCAAAAUACCGGAUCAUGAAGUACCGGUACUGUACUGAGAUAAAUUUACACCAAGUAUCUGCUUAUUUUGUGACUGAAGAUGCGUAAAUCCUACCACAAAGACGAAAAUUUAGCACUGGAAAAGACGUAAAAUGCUGCGCUGAAACUUGAAAUCAGAGCCAUCUUUGAUUUGAGAUCCUCUCGCCACAGUCUCACGAGACAUUGCGAGAGCUUGGCUGAUCCAGCGUUCUGAUUGGUCAAAAAGACUCAAAAGCAGGUCAGCCAUUUUUCCUUUGCUGGCAUUGGCAGUCUUUGCUGCUUUGUGUAAUUUUGCCGCGCAAGUUAAAGGCCGUGGACUGCGCAUAGUCUGUAGUACUCUAGUGUAGUCACUUCUCGCUGUGAGACAACUUAUGACUUUUUGUCCCAAGUUAACUAAGUGUGAGACUGAGAGGGUGACUGAGAAGUGAGGUAGGAAACCUAGUUAUGUUCGGUUUUCUUUGAAUAAAGACACUGACAAGUUGUCAACAGUUUAUUAAUGUUUCUGUCAUUAUUGAAGAAGUUCAGAAGAAUUUGUCAAAUUGUUCAGGUACAGAUACAGGUCCGGACCUGUACCUAAACCUCUGUACCGGUACCUGUACCUGAUGUUACGUUUAGGUACGCAGCCCUACUUUUAUAUCUGUAUUUUAUAGGGAGAUGAAGAAAAAUGUUAUAAAAACAAAAGUCCUGUAAUAACGUACUGUAGCUCUUAAAACCUUUAGAUUUCCUGCUUGUAUUCUUCCUUUUUUUUUGUGGAAGCCUUUGUAAAUGUUACUCUACUGUAAAUAUUACUGUAAAUAUUACUUUAUCCUGUAUUUUAUAAAAACUAUAAAAAGAAUUGAGAUUCUAACAGUUGGCGCUGAACACUUAAAGGGGAACUGAAGUCAUUUUUAAAAAACUUACUUUAUUUCUUAAUUAACGCAGUGUUCGAAAUACCCGUCUGCAUUUUGCAGAAUGAUUUUCAAGAUUGCAGAAGAAAAAUUAAACAACCUACAAUUUUGCAGAAUGAAAAAAUCAGGCUCGGGAUUUAAUGGUUCUCAAUUUAGCAAACUAGCGGCACUGUAAAUGAACUGAAACCUGCGCCGUGCGAACCUGACGGCAUUUUCCAGGUCAAAGUUGAGCAAUAUUUGCGUAAUGGGAGGACCCGACAACUACCUCAGCAGUGUUCGGCAGUUUCCGCUAUGCAUCUCCCAGAAUUCAGUGCGGCACAACAAACAUGGCUCCCAAGAAGAGGAUUGUUUCUUCGUGGCAUGAGUCCGGCAAAAAUGCAGAGAAAACAAGGACGAUUUUGUCGUAUCUCGGCAAAACAGCAGCCAGCGUGACCCCAACAGCGACAGAUCGCGCGUCCGCGAGGGUAACAAAAAUGAAGACGGUCGCUGUUAUAGUUGGAUUGCUGUGGCGGGUACAUCACAGUCAAGCGAGGCCUACAGAGAAAAUCGCGAUCAUGGUGACCCAGAAAUAGAGGGAACUUUCCGCGAAGAUCAUGAGCACAUGAUCAUUGUCAGUUGGGUUUUAUUCCUUAAUGGCAUCAAUUCUUUGCAUCAUCGUAAGAUGUAACAGAGUGUAGAAUUGAAACCUUGCUUUCAAUUUAAAACUACAGGUUGCAGAUGCAAACACUGUGAAUGAAGUACAUUUUGGGUAACAAGCUAGAAACUUAAUCUUGACAAAAUGUAACAUGAAAAUGAAUGUUUUGAUUCUUGAAGAACAGCUGUGUUCUAUUUUUUAUUGUGGUGAUACCUUUAUUAGUAUGUUGUGUGGAAGGAUAAUGUGUGGGUGUGAUAACUAGUACAUUUAUGAAUUAGUUGGUAUACUUCAAGUUGUAGUAGCCCGUACUGUCAGGGCGAGGGGGAUGAAAGACCUGUGGAGGGAUCAUGGAAUGAUAACUUGGCUGCAGAGAAGGAUCUGUGAAGAUUGAAAUUAAAAAUGGAGUGAGAGAAUAAAGAAUUACAGUAAUGCUAUGAGUUGUAAAGCUAGAUAUGAUGUAAAUAUAGGCAUUAUAGGUUGAGAAGGGUGUAGUAUGGAGGCUUGUGUAUUUGCAGAAAAUAUUUCCAAAUUGCAGAACAAAAUUUUGACAUUCUGCAAUAUUGCAGAACACUGGAAAAAAAUAUUUCGACCACUGUAACUUGUUCAAUUAUGUUUUCGGUUUUAGUAACCUUAUAUCUUCACUCGUAUUGGCAACUAAUUGAAAUUAAAUAUUACACUUAUCGGCCUAUUCGGUUUUUAGCCGUGUUGAAUUUAGUUCGUUUGGUCCACGGCAGGCGUCGCUUAUUCGUGCAAUCUUCACGAGACAUUUGCGAGACUUCGAAAUGUGACGUGUCAGUGCCGCCAUUUUGAAAACUGUUUUCCAAACGAAAUAUUGCACAAAAACAAGUUUAAAUGACGAUUACUGCCGACUUUUUUCAAACUUUCCUGAUUGCUGUCAAAACAAACAAAACUUCCAGCUUAAUUACAUCAGCAUUUGAAAGAGAGCACGCACGUCUUUCGACAACGUUGGCAGAUGUUGCUCUGUGUCCGAAAUCACUCCCUACUCACUAUAUAGGGCACUAUAUAGUGAGGAGCCAUUUUGUAGUGAGGCUUAUUUACACCGUAUAUAGUGCACUCAAAGUAUCCCACAGUGCAUCAUGAAAAGUAGUGUACAACCGAUGGUCACUAACCAAAGCAAUAUAUCCCAUCAUGGAUUACGAUCACGCUGAAAGAAAAAUCAAAAGUCUCAGAUUUGAUUUAAUAAAAGGCAGCGGUGGCGGGGCGGCACGGUGGUGUAGUGGUUAGCGCUGUUGCCUCACAGCAAGAAGGUCCGGGUUCGAGCCCCGUGGCCAGCGAGGGCCUUUCUGUGUGGAGUUUGCAUGUUCUCCCCGUGUCCGCGUGGGUUUCCUCCGGGUGCUCUGGUUUCCCCCACAGUCCAAAGACAUGCAGGUUAGGUUAACUGGUGACUCUAAAUUGACCGUAGGUGUGAAUGGUUGUCUGUGUCUAUGUGUCAGCCCUGUGAUGACCUGGCGACUUGUCCAGGGUGUACCCCACCUUUCGAACGUAGUCAGCUAGGAUAGGCUCCAGCUUGCCUGCGACCCUGUAGAACAGGAUAAAGCGGCUAGAGAUAAUGAGAUGAGAUGAAGCAGUGAACGCGCGCGCACACCCAGAGCAGUGGGCAGCCACACCAGAGCGCCCGGGGUGCAGUCAGGGGUUCGGUACCUUGCUCAAGGACACUUCAGCCCAAGGCCGCCCCACGUAAACCUAACUGCAUGUCUUUGGAUUGCGGGGGAAACCGGAGCACC